AUGGCUGUACGAUUAACACCACCAGAUGCAAUACGUACAUUAUACGCCAUUCAAUGUGUUACAAAAGAUUUAAAACCCUCUCAGUCUUCUUAUUGUAUGAAUACUCAAGAAAUGUAUAAAUUAGGGAAUUUUAGGAGUAUAGUUCAUGGGGCAAGAAAAUCACCCACAGAUUCGAUACGUUGUAAAUCGUCAGGCACAGGAGAUCGAAACCAAAAUCCGAAAGAGCGAAAUAAUACAUCAAGCGAUAAUGCAUUGGUUCACAAAGUUCAUCCAGGCGAUCGCCCUAUACGUAAUAACGUUCAAGAACGAGCAAAAUGUACCGAACUCGAUGACAUAUUAGCAAAAUGGAACGUUUACAAACCAAGAAAAUAA